UUUUUUAUUUCGAGACCCAUAUCUGACAAAAUAAAUUACAAUAUCAAUAAUCAAUAGAGUUCUAACAAAAGCAUUACUACGGAUAUUGACAUAUAUCAAUAAUGCAAUCCUAACCGUUAAUUAGUGAAAUGUUUAAUUACACAUGUCAUGUACUGGAAAAGAAAUAUUUCUACUUUAACGUAUGACGUGAAUCGACAUGACAUAUUUCAUAUUUUGAAAUACACUAAUCGUCAUCUUACAGAACAGAUUUACAAUUUACAAUUGAAAACAGUUACAGGAUUUUCCUUCAGUAUUGAACUACAGAGUAAUUUCGUUUUUCAUUACAAUAUGAAGUGGGUACGUUAUUUUAGCUUGUGCGUAAUAUUCACGGACUGGGCGUUUUCCGCGAAUGUCACCGAAGUGGAAACUUUGUAUACUGACUUACUGUCUGGCUACAACAAAUACGUACGACCAGUGACAUCCACAAAUUUUCCCAUGUAUGUGAAUGUCUCGUUUACUCUCAUCGGAAUUAAGGAAUUUGACGAAGUAAAUGGCAAGUUUUCUGUGAUCGGUUACUUCAUCAUUACAUGGUCAGAUUCACGUCUAGUGUGGACGCCAGAUGUCUGUAGUAAUAUAAACGACAUUGAACUUCCUGAAUCUAAGGUCUGGGUUCCCAAUCUGACUCUUGUCAACUCUUAUGACAACGUCAAAGGUUUUGGUACAGGAAACUCCUACGUAACAUACACGUCUACCGGAACGGCAUAUUGGUCUCCCGUUGACGUCAUUUCCAGCGUAUGUGACGUAGAUGUUACGUAUUACCCUUUUGAUACCCAGUCAUGCGACAUGGAGUUGAUGUGCUGGGGGUUCACUCCUACUGCAAUCGUCACACAAGCACAAGAUACCAAGAUCAACAUGGACCAUUUUUCGGAACAUGGAACAUGGGAGGUACUGGACCAAACACUGACUUCUCAUUUAAGCCCCUAUGUCUCCUAUAUUAGUAUUGACAUAAAAAUGAAACGACGUCCGAUGUUUGCUGUCAUUAACAUUGUCCUUCCAAUGAUUUUUAUGAUGAUUUUGAAUUUGCUUGUAUUUAUCAUACCCAUGGAGAGCGGUGAGCGCGUGUCCUACUCUAUCACCGUGCUUCUGGCAAUCGCCGUGUUUUUAACACUUGUGGGCGACAACCUGCCAAAAACAUCGAAACCGACUGCCAUGUUAUCGUAUUUCCUUCUUGUAGAGUUGGUACUGAGCUCCGUAAUAUGUUUCUUGGUUAUUCUAGGAUUGUCUUUCCAUUUCAAAGACGACAUCCAAACCCCUGUACCGAAAAAAAUCGCAAAUAUCGUAAAAUGCUGUUGUCAUCGACGAAAAUGUGCAGGCCGAAUCAAAACCCAGACCGUUGUACAUCCUAGCAAUGAAAAUUCAGCAGACAAGAAGUUUCCAUUGCCUGAUGAUGAUGAAGAAGAUGAGGACGAGGUAAAGGUGACAUGGAAAAUGGUUUCUAGCUGUUUUGAUUGGACAGUUCUCGUCACUUGUCUGUUGGUCGUCAUCAUAUUGACAAUUCUGUUUAUUGUCACGACGACUUAGAGAUAUUUUAAAACGUAUGCACACACCGUCAUUUACUACCGCACAAAUUAUAUACAGCUAUAGUUUAUUUACAUUAUGUAAUUUUACAGCCUGCUUGUUUGACGUCCAUUCGAGAAUUUUUCACUCAUAUUGACUCAUCACCAGUUGUAGGUGAAGUACUACAGCUUGGCACUCAGGGCUGUAGCAGUGAGGGUUCCUUAACGUUUCAAUGACUACGGCGACACGGGACCUCCAUUUCAAUUGUCAUAUCGGAAAGAUGUCGAGUUAUAGGAGAAGGAGAAAUCGCUGCCAACGUUUACGUGUUGGGUUUAAGAUGUGAACGGUCUACAUUUAGAUACCACAGCCAUUCAACUCCGAUGAAGUUUACACUGUUUGGUAUCAAUUUUUGGUCCAUAAUCUAAAGUGGAUACCCUUAUUAAUCAGCCAAAGGUUUAUCGGCGAAGAGCCAAGUUUUCCUUCUUUACCCUACCAAAUGUAAGAGGUUAUUACUACGAAUUAUAGCUAUUUAUUAUAAAGAUUUCAUACAAGUCCAGUGGUUACAAUACAGGAUUCUUCAUAGAAGUACUAUGUCAUUUAUUAUCUUAAAGAAUCAAUUUUGCAUCGUCUGAUUUUUGUACCCUUGAGUUGAGACAUCAUUGGUAGUGAAAAAGUAUCUAUAUCAUGGAACAUUCUGAGCAUGCACAUUUAUCAAACAACAUCCAAAAUUAAUAUAUUUAAAGGACAACAAAAUUGAUUAUUAUACAUGUACAAUGUAUAUACAAGAGGAUAUAUAUCUUAUUGUUAAAAAAGGGUGAAUCCCCAAGACUUCUGGAAGUAUUGUUCUCCCUAUACAAGAAAUUUAAAAUUGUAUUUCAUAUCAGAACUUUGAAAUACAAAACUUUGAUAAUUCCCCUGGCAUGUAAAUUGCAUGCAUGAAAAAGACUUUUUGACAAUAUCAAAUAAUCGUAAUUUUGUUCUUUUAUGCAAUAUAUUUUCCUAUUUUUUAUGUCACUUUUAUUUAGUUAUUAUUGUUUCUUUGUUUUCUUUUUUUAUAAAUAUAUUUCGAAUUUAAGCAUGUUUGAAUGUGAAUAUGAAAGUGUGUGAGAUAUUAGCAAAUAAUAUUUGUUCUGUCAUACGUUCGAUAAUAAAAAAAGAUUUCAUACAAGUUUAUGGGUUGCCCCAUCUUGGGGCAUUAUUGUAGUUUACUGCAGUUGAUGAAAAAAAAACAAGCAUUCUGAAAGUAUCGCAUAGCAACACAUAGUCCACUACCGGUCGCAAAAAUUAUUGGACCGCAACAAUAUUUAAAGUUUAUUAUGUAGGUUAUGGUAAAAGGGAAAAUUGGGGAACCAGAAUAGGAAUGGUUGGAAAUAAACUACUAUUCAGGUACAAAGAUUAGACCAGGAAAAACUCAAACUUGAUCUGUAACUUCUUAUGGCAAACCAAUAUACCAAAUAUCAAAUGAAUAUCCGUAAGCACAACAAAAAAGUCCAGAAACUGAUAAUCCAAGGGCAAUAACUUAGUGAAAAAUCAAUGGAACGAGACCACAUUUGAACAUGGUCUGUAACGUCUUAUUGCAAAGCAAUUCACUAAAUAUCAAAUGAACAUCUGUAAGCACAAAAUAAGAGGUCCAUGAGCCACAUCGCUCAUCUGAGCAGCAGAUCCUAGCAAUAAACAAGCUUGAGCGAGACUGUUAUUAUACAAGCAGCUUGGUUCAGAAAAAAAAAACUUUCAAAGGUAACGACCAAACAUUCAUUAAUCAUCUAACUUAAUUAUUAAACUUGACUACAAAUUCAUCAAUUAGCAUAUACCCUUGUAGACGGAUAUGACCUUUCAUAUUAACAAAUUUUAUUUAGGGAUGAUUUGUGCCAAGUUUGGUUUCCUAUACAUUCGCAUAUAAAACUUUGAUCCCCUAUUGGGGUCGCUUCCUGAUCCCUGGGGUCAUCAUGUUUACAAACUUGAAUCUCCACUUUUUCAGGACUCUUUCAUGUAAAUUUUAGCUCUUCUCGCCCAGUGGUUCUUGAGAAGAGUUUUAAAGAUUUUCCCUAUAUAUCCGCAUGUAAAAUUUGAUCCCUAGAUGUGACCCCAUCCUACCCCAAGUGGUCAUGCUUUUAACACACUUAAAUCUCCACUAUGUUGGGAAGCUUUCGUGUAAAUUUCAGUUUUUCAGAUCCAGUGGUACUUGAGAAGAAAAUGUUUUAAUGGCCCCACCCUAAUUUUGAAUUUUUGUGAUUGUCUCUCCUUUAAAGGGAGUAUACAACCCUUCAUGUCAACAAAAUUGAAUUCCCUUCACUCAAGAAUGUUUUAUUCCAAGUUUGGUUGAAAUCGGCCCAGUGGUUCUGGUGAUUUUCUUAUGGAUCAGAAUGUAAAACUUUGAUCCCCUAUUGUGGCCCCAUCCUACACCGGGGGGGGGGGGGGGUAAUCUGAUCAAAUCGAAUCUACUUUAUAUCAGGGAGCUUUGAGAUAAAGCUCUACUCUUCUGGCCCAUUAGGUCUUGAGAAGAAGAUUUUAAAAAAAAUUCUUUAUGCAUUCACAUGUAUAAAUUUGAUCCCCUAUCAUGGCCCCGAUAUACUCCUGGGGUCAUGAUUUUUACAAACUUGAUUCUACACUUUGUCAGGAAGCUUUCAUGUAAAUUUCAGCUUUUUUGGCCCAGUGGUUCUUGAGAAGAAGAUUUUUAAAUGAUCUCAUCCUAUUUUUUGCAUUUUUGUGAUUAUCUCCCCUUUGAAGGGGGUAUGGCCCUUUAUUUGAACAAACUUGAAUCCCCUUCAUCCAAGGAUUCUUCGUGAAAUUGGACCAGUGGUUCUGGAGAAGAAAAUGAAAAUGUUGAAAGUUUACGCCAACGCCGACAGACAACCGACAAAAUUUGAUCAGAAAAGCUCGCGUGAACCUUUGGCUCAGGUGAGCUAAAAAGUCCGGAAAACUGGAGAAGGACCGUAAAUUAGUGAAAAAUCAACGGACCAAGACGAUAUUCGAAGUUGGUCUGUAAAGUAUUAUGGCAAAGUAAUGUACCAAAUAUCAAAUGAAUAUCUGCAAGCACAACAAAAAAGUCCGGAAAACGGGAUCCAUGCUAUUUUUCUAAGUCAAAGGGACAUAACUUAGUAAAAAAACAAAACAGUGUGAACGGACCGAGACGAAAUUUGAAAUACAACGUCUUAUGGCAAAGCAAUGUAACAAAUAUCAGAUAAAUAUCUGCAAGAACGGACGGGCGGACAGAGUGCAAACCUAAAGUACCCCUCGACUUCGUCGGUAAGUGACUAAUACUCACUUUCUUUCACAUUCAAUCAAGUGAAAGCACGAAUUCAAUUUGUGUUGCUUGUAAUUAAUAAUGUACUCUUAAAAUAUUUUAAAUUACUGUUAUUGAAUCCUUGCUUGUGCUAUGUUUGAAUUACCAUUUAGAUCUCUUUGUUCCACGAUUAUAUAAAUAAGAAUAAUGAAAUUCAAUAUUGGUAAAGAAGAAAUUAUACAUUGUUUAAAAUAGUCUGACGAUUCAUUGAGAACAUCAGGUCUAACUUUUACUGUUCUCCAGUCGGUCGCGAUAAUCUACUGGUUGGAGUAGGGGUUCUCAAACCAAUUCUUUAUUCACAUAUUGAUGAGGUACAAACUCGAUCCGGGCGCUACGUUAAACACUGGUAGUGACUGCUCCUCCGCCAAAUGUUCGGUAUUAGAAAUCUUUGAUUGAUUUGAACAUGUUUUAUUGUAUAAGUGCAUAUUAUACAAACGGUCUGAACGCGAGUUCUUUAAACUUACGAGGUUCUCACCUUAAUGUUAGAAGUCUUUCGGAUGAACAAGUGACAAUAAUGAUCAGUGACCAAUCUCAUGAAUCCCAUAAACAAUACAAAAUAAGAAGAAGGGAAACACAUACCCCUGAAUAUACCAGAGGGAUCCGUGUUUGCCCUAUUCUUAAUUUCGUAUUCUUUAUAACAGGAAUUCUGAGAUUGAUCACUGUUCGUUGUGUUCACCUUUUCAUGUGUGACAUAUACAUAUAAGUGUACCAUAGAUCUGCCACACACGUGUAAUUGAUAAAACCCUGAGUAGACACAAAAGAAGUCUAAAAUAAAUCCCAUUGUUUUCAAGCUAAAACUAUUCAAAUUAAAACAGUCUAAACAUUCUACAAUUGCGAUUUAUGCAUGCAGGUGGUUCAAAAGCCCAAACUAAAGUGGACACUUCUGCAGUAACUUCUCUACGUGACUCCCGAAAGAAGUAACAAUUUAUACCAAAGGCUAUUCAACUUGCUUUUGAAUACAUGCAUAUCAAAAUUUCUAAUGACAAACAUUUCACUACAUUAAAUCCCCAUACUCCCUAUCAUGUUUACAGUCAAUAAACAACGUGAAUAUUGAUCACCCAUGCAUCUUUAUUAGAUAUUUUAAACCAGCACUCUCAUCUAACUAAACAGUGUAAAACAGUUGACGUAUGAUGGAUUCCAAGUCAUUUGUUGGUAUUCAUAGCAACGCUAAACAAAGCGGAAAAGGCGGCAAAAACUGCAGCUCGGUAUGAUAUUGAACACUGAUCUAAAAUAUUCCAUAAACCUGUGUGCAAAGUCAAUUCGGCAUAUCCAUUGGGAAUUUUGCGACACAAGUAAUUUAAAACUCUAUUCAAAACAAAGAAAACAAACCGCGCAACGUCGUACUCUUUCGCCAGGUCGAAGUGAUUUUUCUCAAAAUUCCAAAUUGACACAUUCUUACCUACCAAACAGAGAACUUCAGCCUGAAUGUAAUUCUCGUGACUGUCCAGUAACUAUACAUGACAUUAUUUAUAAUGUAGUGAUUUUACUCCCAUACGAAGUAGACAUUUUAAUAAAUAAUCAAUGCAUGAAAAUUUUACAAAUAUUGACAAUCAUAUUAAGAUAUAUUCUCCAUAAUACUAACACCUAUAUACAUGAAAUGCUAUAUACUUGUUUACAUAAUUUGAACUUUUUCUGUCCGUCGGAUGGGACGUGAAAGGGUGUCCCUGAUCACAACCCCCUUGGCACGCAAAGGAUCGUUUCCCUGAUUUUCGAAAAAAAAAAAAAGAAGCGUAAACUCACUGGUAGCCCUCAGGGAAAUUCAAAACCGAUCAUAUUUAAUUUACUUAACCGCCGUAAAAUGGCUGCAACUAUUGGCAAAACGGCGUUAAACCAAAAUAGUAAUCCAUUCAAUUAGCAUAAUUAUGUUUAACGUACAUUUCCCCACAACGUAAGUUAUGUAUGAUACAUAAUUAAGUUACGUAUAUAUGUCACGUAAGUAUAAAGUAUACUUGAAAAUGUAUGUGACGCACGGUGCCUUAUACAUUGUAUACGUUUCACGUACGUGUGAGAACGCGCGCUGAAUAUUUCAAGAACUAUCUUGUUACCCGAAUGACACCCCCGCUGUGUAUAGGUUGCUUCAUCUUUAACAAGCUUAGUGACACCAUCGCUAUUUAUAGAUCCCCAACAUUAGCUUAUUGAAUAUAUUGGAGCGUUUUUAAAAUUGCAUUCCAUAUUCACAACAUCUCCCAGAACAGGCAUUACUUGGGUUAAUAUAUCAAAAUCAUCAACAGACCUUGGAAACUUGUUCCAAAGUGUACAACAAGCAAAAAGAUGGCGAACAAAAAGGGCUACAACAAGAUGACGAAUAAUUAAGUAUUACAGAAUAUGGCCAUCUCGAAAUGUUUGCUUGUUGCACUGGUGGUAGUAAUUUUUGCAACCAUAUUUCAAGUGAUUGCCUUGGCAGCACCAUACUGGUUUAAUCUAGAUCUAUCAAUUGCAAAAGUAUAUGCCGGACUUUGGUGGACAUGUACCGAGACAGUUUCGACUGGACUAACAAGCUGCGAUAAAACUGUGGAUUACUUGUUCACUAACGGGUCUUCGACAGACUGGCUUAAAGCUGUCCAAGCCAUGAGUAUUCUGGGGUUUCUAACGCUAUUGGUUGCUUCGGUUAUGACGAUUUUAAAGCUUUUCGUUCUAAAAGACAACAAACCAGUUCUCCUUGUGGCUAUAGGGACAUCGUUUACUGGAGCUGUUUUUAUCUUAAUUGCUAUAGCUGUCUACGCAGAUGAAAUAAACGACUUCUAUUCAGCAUUCGAUUUCAAUUAUCACUUCGCUUUUGCCUUCAGCAUCAUAGCGAUGAUAGCCGCCAUUGGAGCCGGGGUCGCCAUGUUGGUAGAGAUGAUAACGGGAUGAAUAAGAAAUAAAGAUUAUGUACAGUGUGUCGUUAAUUUUUAAAAGAAUAGUGAGAUAUUAAAAGACAUUUGAAAGAUGA